CCCACAACACAGUCUUGUUGGAGUAGGAUGAACUCAGAAGAAAUUUGACUGCAAAGUUAAACUCUCACCCCUUCUUUCCUGCACACAAACUGUUCCAAGUAACAGGAGAUGUCCAGGCAGGGCCAGCCAGAGCGAGCUAUUCCUUCUUUGGAGAGUGACCCAGUGGCCGUGAACGUCUGUUGGCCUCAUCUCCACCAACCCCUGGAGACUCAGCCCUAGUCCUCCUCCUUCCAUCUGCCGCUUCCGACUAGAGCCCCAGCCCUCCCUCUUCUGCCUGGAAACCUUGCCCCCGCCCCCUUGCUCGGCUCAAGGCUCUUCCUUUGUCAAAGCUCCACCCAGUUGUACACACCCGCUGGGGAAGGUUCCUCUGUUCCCUCCCCACUCAGUCUGGGUCUGAGCUGACAGAGAUGGACCAUCGAAAAGCCAAGGUCCUCCCAGCUGUGCACCACUGCCCCUCCCUAGGAAUGCGGGCCUCCGAGGCCGGCAGCAUGAGAUUCUCUGUACCACCUUCCAUCAGCAGGAACCCGGCCAUGGUGAAUGAGGCCAGAGGGAGUGGCGGCCUCAACCCCCACUCAGAGGGCAGCAGCAGUGGCAGCGAGAAUUCCAAAGAUAGUUCGAGAUGUUCCACGCCGGGCCUGGACCCCGAGCGGCAUGAGAAACUCCGGGAGAAGAUGAGGCGGAGGAUAGAAUCUGGUGACAAGUGGUUCUCCUUGGAAUUCUUCCCUCCUCGAACUGCUCAAGGAGCUGUCAACCUCAUCUCAAGAUUUGACCGGAUGGCAGCAGGUGGCCCCCUCUUCAUAGAUGUGACCUGGCAUCCCGCAGGGGACCCCGGCUCAGACAAGGAGACCUCCUCCAUGAUGAUUGCCAGCACUGCUGUGAACUACUGUGGUCUGGAAACCAUCCUGCACAUGACCUGCUGCUGUCAGAGCCAGGAAGAGAUCACGGGCCAUCUGCACAAAGCCAAGCAGCUGGGCCUGAAGAACAUCUUGGCGCUGAGGGGAGACCCCACCGGUGACCACUGGACAGAGGAGGAAGGAGGUUUCAACUACGCGGUGGACCUGGUGAAGCACAUCCGAAAUGAGUUUGGUGACUACUUUGACAUCUGUGUGGCAGGUUAUCCCAAAGGCCACCCUGAAGCAGAGAGCCUUGAGGCCGACCUGAAGUACUUGAAGGAGAAGGUGUCCGCCGGAGCCGAUUUCAUCAUCACGCAGCUGUUCUUUGAGACUGACACGUUCCUACACUUCGUUAAGGCUUGCACCGACAUGGGCGUCACCUGCCCCAUCCUCCCGGGGAUCUUUCCUAUUCAGGGCUAUCACUCCCUCCGGCAGCUUGUGAAGCUGUCUAAGCUGGAGGUGCCACAGAAGAUCAAGGACGUGAUUGAGCCAAUCAAAGACAAUGAUGCUGCCAUCCGCAACUAUGGCAUCGAGCUGGCUGUGAGCCUGUGCCAGGAGCUUCUGGCCAGCGGCUUGGUGCCAGGCCUCCACUUCUACACCCUCAACCGAGAGAUGGCCACCACAGAGGUGCUGAAGCGCUUGGGCAUGUGGACUGAGGACCCCAGGCGUCCCCUGCCCUGGGCUGUCAGUGCCCACCCCAAGCGCCGGGAGGAAGAUGUACGUCCCAUCUUCUGGGCCUCCAGGCCAAGGAGUUACAUCUACCGCACCCAGGAGUGGGACGAGUUCCCCAACGGCCGCUGGGGCAAUUCUUCCUCUCCAGCCUUUGGGGAGCUGAAGGACUACUACCUCUUCUACCUGAAAAGCAAGUCCCCCAAGGAAGAGUUGCUGAAGAUGUGGGGGGAGGAGCUGACCAGUGAAGAAAGUGUCUUUGAAGUCUUUGUCCACUACCUCUCGGGAGAGCCAAACCAGAACGGCCAUAAAGUGACUUGCCUGCCCUGGAAUGAUGAGCCCUUGGCGGCCGAGACCAGCCUGAUGAAGGAGGAGCUGCUCCGAGUGAACCGGCAGGGCAUCCUCACCAUCAACUCGCAGCCCAACAUCAACGGGAAGCCGUCCUCCGACCCCAUCGUGGGCUGGGGCCCCAGUGGGGGCUACGUCUUCCAGAAGGCCUACUUAGAGUUCUUCACUUCCCGAGAGACAGCGGAAGCAAUCCUGCAAGUGCUGAAGAAGUACGAGCUGCGGGUUAAUUACCACAUUGUGGACGUGAAGGGUGAAAACAUCACCAAUGCCCCAGAGCUGCAGCCGAAUGCCGUUACUUGGGGCAUCUUCCCUGGGCGAGAGAUCAUCCAGCCCACAGUGGUGGAUCCCAUCAGCUUCAUGUUCUGGAAGGACGAGGCCUUCGCCCUGUGGAUCGAGCAGUGGGGCAAGCUGUACGACGAGGAGUCCCCGUCCCGCAUGAUCAUCCAGUACAUCCACGACAACUACUUCCUGGUCAACCUGGUGGACAACGAGUUCCCACUGGACAACUGCCUGUGGCAGGUGGUAGAAGAUGCACUUGAGCUUCUCAACAGGCCCACCCAGAGUCAGAGGGAGGCGGAGGCUCCGUGACCCUGUGUCCUGACAUCCUGAGCUGGGGGGCACUCGUGUCCUGUGUCCCACCUUCCUCCUUCCUAGUCCUGGUUCUCCCAGGAACCCCACUCCUUUGUUCCUCGCCGAGCCCUGACCUGCACUGCCAGACGUGACGAUGGCAGCUGGACUAAUGUGAGGCUCCCAGGCUCUGGCUGGACCUUAGCUGGCCCCACAUAGGAGCCAGGUGCUCCCUGCACUAGCCAGGAGUGUGUGCUGUGUUGGUGGGUGCACCUGCACCCUGCAGAGGACCACAGUGGGGGGGCACACCACCCUCCCUGAGAAGGAGGGAGACUGGCUGUUGCUAGCUGAGCCCUGGAACCAAGGCAGCCUCUAGGAGCCAGCCUGGUACUCCCAGUGAACGUGCACUUGGGGCCCACGUAAUACAGGCAAAGCACACAUGGGCAACAGGCGUUGGUGGCAUUGUAGAAGAGAUGUGGCAAAGGGAAGGUGCUGCACCUUCGCCCCUCCUAGACGUUGGCAACCAGGCCCCACCUGCUUGUGACUGAAGGGGCAAACACUGCCCUGCCUAGUACUUGCCGUCCACAGCACCAGGCCCCUGGAUGGGCUUGGGCUGACGCCUAACAAUGCAAGUGGCUCUCAAGUCUCCUCCCUGAGAGCUCAGCAGGGCUCCUCCCCUUUCUGCAAUGCAGCUUUUUGGAAUUGUCUCUGUAUUCUGAUGGCUCGAGAGAAAAAGCGCCCCCUUAAGGGUCGAAGCAGUCUGACCCCUUCAGCUUGGUGGCAGCCCUGGCCACGGAGGCAUCAUCUGCCCACUCACUGUCAAAGGCAAAGACGAGGUUCACCUCAGCAGAGGCCCCAGCUCUGCGUGGGGCUGUGCGGCA